AUGUUUAACUGGGUGGUGAAAGUGGUCCCUCAACCCCCUGAAGCUCCAGGGACAGAUGAAGCUGCCAAGACUCAUGCUGCUGUACGACAAAAUAAUUCACUGAAAAACACAGACGAUUCUUCAGAGGAAAGCCAGGCCCAGACUGGAGUAUUAGGCUGGCUGUCUAAUGGAUUCGUCAGCGCUCUGCCGCAGCCCUCUGGCUCCCCUCGACUCAGCAGGGCUAACUCCGAUGCCAGGUCAGGGGAGGAUGGAGAAAGGUCUGGAGUGAUGGGCUGGGUCACUCAGGGUCUGACCAAGGUGCUGCCUCAGCCUGAUGAAAAGUACAGAGAGACUAACGAUGACUACAAUGAGGAACACACUGAGGUCUACGAUGUAGCAACAAUGCCAGAUUUUGACCCCCUCCCACACAUCCCAGUGGUGGAGAUGGUGUCAGAAGACGAGGUGUCGGAGGUUGAGAGCCUGCCCCCUCAAUUCCCUCCAAAUGUGGUGAACUGGAUAAAGCAGAUCGUCCCUCAGCCAGUUAUACUGCCCCCUGGUGCCGUACCCAUAGAACCAUCGACCAAGUCCUCCCGCUCCUCUCUGGACAAAAUUCUGUCUCCACCACCGGAAUCACUCAGUGGAAUCUCACUUGAUACUGACAGCAAGACCUCAGGUGUGGUUGGCUGGUUCGUGUCAGGACUGGGCCUGAAGAUUCCUCAGCCUGCCAUUCCACCCAAAGAUGAUGCUGAGCAUACAACUGAAGUUCUUCAGAAAGCUUCAUCCAAACUCCAACCUGACAUGGUACUAGAAGACAUGGAGUCGGACAACGACGGUCAGCAGCAACAUGAGGACCUUUCCAAAGCUGCGGCACCAUCCGCAUCACUGACUCCAUCAUCGACGACAACAUGCCAACAGCAGGAAGCAACACAGCAGACACAGGCCAGUAGAGUGCCCGUGGCAUCCAUGCAGUCCAAGAGGUGCGGUGAUGCCAUUCCAGUACCAGAACCAUCAGAGAGUGCGACAAAAAUAUCUCAGGAAGAUGCCGAGACCCAGACAGGCCGCUGGACGCCGUUUAUUGAGAGCAUCAAGAAGGAGGCUGAAGAUGUAGCUUUGGCUACCAUGGAGGAACGUCUGCUGCAGGAGCGCAUGGAGGUGGCACGUAUGGCUGAGGAGGUGGCCAGGCAGACAGCUGAGAUGGCCAUUAGACAGCUGGCCAGUGAGGGACAGUCCAUCAAACUCUCACUGGGCAGUCAAGAACCGUUUGAGGAGCCUGAAGUCGAGCUGCCAGUGACACAAAAAGAGGAAAGCGAAGUAGAGCACAGUAAAGUCACAGAAAAGGAAGAGAGCCUUUCUGAGGAGGAACAGAAGGAAGAGACUGGGGAACCUACCAUCACAGAACCGGAGGCAGAGCCACAGCAGACCACCCCCUCUUCACCUCCAAGUCCUGAACCAGUUAAGACCUCUGAGCCGGAGCCUGAACCAGAACCAGAGCCGGAACCAGCGACUGAGACUGAGGAAGCCAAUUCAAAAGCUAAGCCUGUGACCCAGCAGCCGCAGAGAGCAGGGGAAGACGGUCAAGGCACCAACACUGAAAAAGAGGAGGAAGCUACUGGGGAUGGUUGUGGUGAGAGCUCCAGCCUCGGCCUUCGUCCAGCCGUAAAUGUAGAGGAUGUUGACUCAGUCCAUGAGAGAAAAGUACAAGGAGGAGCAGGAGGAGGAGGGGAGGAAAAGAGUACUAUACCCCAAAUUCUCACCCCACAGGACCCCAAACUUACAACCCUCACUGUCCCUGUGACCACUUCUGGAGGUCGUCAGAGUAAGGGAGAUAAAGAUAUUGGAAGGAAUCGUAGGACUGUCUGGAAAAAGAUUAGGAGGCUACAUUCUCACAGUGAAGAUGAUGAUGAUGAAGGAAGCAUCGCUGUCAGAGCCUGGCCCAGCCAGUCCAGCCUACACAGCACAGACGACUUUCUGAAAGAACGUCCAGCAUCUUCAGCCAGUCAGACCAGCACAGUGGUGAACGAACGUCUGCAGGAGCUGGUCAGGAUGUUCAAAGAGAGAACAGAGAAGGCCAAGGAGAAACUCAUUGACCCUGACAGCUCCGAUGAAGACAGCAUUAUCCUCUCUCCUCCUCAGGCCUCAGCUCCUCAGCCUGCUCCUGAAACGCAGCCGGUGGACGGGGGGGAGAAGGAGGCACAAGCAGGUCUCAGCUGCUGCAAGGUGAAAGCUCCUCUGUGGAUACGAGCCUGUAUGCUCUACCGUUUCCCUGCCAGCAUCGACCCUUUCACCAACCUAAUGUACGUGCUGUGGAUGUUUUUGGUUUCUCUUGCGUGGAACUGGAAUGCGUGGUUCAUCCCGGUACGUUGGGCCUUCCCAUAUCAGACUCCAGACAAUAUUUACUACUGGCUGCUGACCGACUACUUGUGUGACCUCAUUUACAUCCUGGAUAUCACCAUCUUCCAGCCGCGUCUGCAGUUUGUUCGUGGAGGGGACAUAGUGAGUGACAAAAAAGAGAUGAGAAAGAAUUACAUGAAAACCAAACGCUUCAAAUUUGAUGUAGCCAGCCUUGUUCCCCUGGAGCUCCUCUAUUUUAAAACUGGCAUCAACCCUCUGCUCCGCUUACCGAGGCUGCUGAAGAUCAACUCCUUCUUCGAGUUCAACGAGCGUCUAGAGGCCAUCUUAACCAAAGCCUACAUCUACAGGGUUAUCCGUACCACUACCUAUCUUCUUUAUUGUCUCCACUGUAAUGCUUGUCUUUACUACUGGGGCUCUUCCUUGAAAGGACUGGGAUCUACCAAGUGGGUGUACAAUGGUGAAGGCAACAGUUACAUUCGCUGUUACUACUUUGCGGUGAAGACCCUGAUCACCAUUGGGGGUCUGCCAGACCCCACCACCCUGUUUGAGAUUGUCUUUCAACUCAUCAACUACUUUGUUGGAGUCUUUGCCUUCUCUAUCAUGAUUGGACAGAUGCGUGAUGUGGUAGGUGCAGCCACAGCAGGUCAGACCUACUACCGCACAUGUAUGGACAACACUAUUAAAUACAUGUCCUCAUAUCGCAUCCCCAAAGACGUCCAGAACCGUGUCAAAACCUGGUACAACUACACUUGGCAAUCUCAAGGCAUGCUGGAUGAGCAGGAGUUGCUGACUCAGUUGCCAGAUAAAAUGCGUCUGGACAUUGCUAUAGAUGUCAACUACUCCAUCGUGAGCAAAGUCCCUCUUUUUCAGGGUUGUGACAGACAGAUGAUAUUUGAUAUGCUCAAAAGCCUACGUUCUGUUGUCUACCUGCCAGGGGAUUAUGUCUGCAAAAAGGGCGAGGUGGGUCGGGAGAUGUACAUCAUAAAGGCAGGGGAAGUUCAGGUGGUUGGAGGACCCGAUGGGAAGACGGUGUUCGUCACUCUCAGAGCAGGAUCAGUCUUUGGAGAGAUCAGUUUGCUAUCACUAGGCGGUGGUAAUAGGCGCACAGCCAAUGUGAUUGCUCAUGGCUUUGCCAAUCUCUUCAUCCUGGACAAGAAAGAUCUGAAUGAGAUCCUGGUCCACUACCCCGAGUCUAAGAAACUGCUCCGCAAGAAGGCCAGGAAGAUGCUUACCAAGGGAAAAAAACCUGAGCCAAAAGAAGAGGCCAAGGAUCCGCCUCAGGUACCGGCAGCGCCUGUCAGGCAGGAGACUCCCAAACUGCUGAGAGCUGCCCUGGAGAUGACAGAGAGGUCCUCUGGACUUAAAGGAGCCCUGGCUAAAGUCAAAGAGAAAACCAGCAAGUCCAGUAUCUCAUUACAGCCCUCCAUCUCUUCCUCCUUGCCUCCUCCAUCGCCCACCUCCAGCUCUGGACCCGAAAGAGAUGUGGACAUGCCCCCACCCAUCUCUGCCAGCUCCACGACACUUCGCUCUGCUUCCCGCUGCCACAGCAACACCUUUAUGAUGCCUCACUCUGCAUCACAGCGCCACAGUGAUGCAGACAAAACGCUCGCCAUGGACCAAAUAAAGGAGGAUGUCAGUGAGGAUAAAGGGAUAGAGGGCGGGAAGAGGAAAGAAAAGAAGUUGUGA